AUGGCACUCUCGCUCCGCGACGUCCUGGCGCGUCCCUCCGAUGCGGAGGCGAUGGAGCUGCUGCUGAAUGAAUACAACAAGUACUGCAUCGGCCAGCUCGACGACGGUGGCGACAUUAGUGGCGAUGAGGAGGAUGUGCAGAACGGUACCGAUGACAGUGGCUAUUACGGCCUGCCGGUUGUGCGCAACGCCUUCAACGUGAGGGCGCUGAGCCGCGUUGACUUCCCACGCACGUGGCGGGUGCCGGCCGGGACAGUUCCAUCCGCCUGCUACACCAGCGCAGCGGAGCAUGGCGGCACGAACACGGCCCUUCUGGUGGAUUAUAGCCACACGCGGUGCAUUGUGUGCGUCCGCAGCGAGUUGCUGAAGCCGGCUGGUGGCGGCAGCCUGCCGCAGAAGGUGCUCGCUGUGUGGCCGGACGAACGAUCCAAGCAGCAGCAGCAGCAGAAGAAGAAG